ACUCGCUCGCAAGAGCGCCAACAGAAACCCUGCGACGAGCCAACGGGGCAUCUUGCACCCUGCUCACGACUUCAGCAGCCAUGGGGUUGAAGGGGAAGAAGACCGCCAAGUCGGUAUGCCGACGCCUCUACACCAUCCUCUUCGCCUUCCUGGUGCUCGGAGGUCUCAUCUUCACCUACGCGAUCUCGUUCCCUCUGGUGACGGACGAGUACAAGAAGAUAGCGUUCGGCCUCUACGGCGCCUUCCUGGCGCUGCACCUCAUCGUGCAGGGCUUCUUCGCCUACCUGGAGCGUCGCAAGAUGCUCAACGACGCGCGCCCGUGCUUCUUCACGAGCACGGUGGCGCUCACCGUGUCCGCCUACCAGGAGGACCCCGACUACCUGCGCCAGUGCCUCGUCUCGGUCAAGAACGUGUACUACCCGGCCGACAAGCUCAAGAUCAUCAUGGUCAUCGACGGCAACAGCGAAGACGACCGGUACAUGAUGGACAUGUUCUGCGAGAUCUUCGGCGACGAAGCCGAGACGUUCGUGUGGAAGCACAACUAUCACACGUGGACACCGCCCGAGAGCGGCCUCUCCGCCGAGGACGACUUGUACGCCGAAAUCGCCAUCGAGGACGAGCAGCGGCUGGAGCUGGAGGAGCUCAUCAGGACCAAGCGCGUCAUUUGCAUCAUGCAGCAAUGGGGCGGCAAGCGCGAGGUCAUGUACACGUGCUUCAAGGCCCUCGCCGGCUCUGUGGACUACAUUCAGGUCUGUGACUCGGACACGAAACUGGAAACGGAUGCCACCCUGGAGCUGGUGAAGGUGCUGGACUACAACAAGGAAUACGGGGCAGUCGGGGGCGACGUUAGGAUUCUCAACCUCAACGACUCUUGCAUCAGCUUCAUGAGCAACCUCCGCUACUGGAUGGCCUUCAACGUGGAGCGGUCGUGCCAGUCGUACUUCGACUGCGUUUCCUGCAUCAGCGGACCUCUCGGUCUCUACAGGAACGUGUUGCUGCAACAGUUCAUGGAGUCUUGGUACAAUCAAAAGUUCCUGGGGACCCACUGCACAUUUGGCGAUGACCGCCAUCUCACAAACCGUAUGCUGAGCAUGGGAUAUGCUACAAAGUACACAAGCCGGUCCAUUUGCUACUCAGAAACACCAGCACAGUACCUUCGCUGGCUCAACCAGCAGACGCGCUGGACCAAGUCGUACUUCCGCGAGUGGCUCUUCAACGCCAUGUGGUGGCACAAGCAUCAUCUGUGGAUGACCUACGAGUCGACCGUAGCCGGUAUCUUCCCGUUCUUCGUAACAGCCACAGUUAUUAAGCUCUUCUACACCGGCAGCAUCUGGGACAUCAUCUGGGUGCUGUGCGCCAUCCAGAUCAUCGGCUUCGUUAAAAGCCUCUACGCCUGCUGGCUGCGGGGCAACCUAGUCAUGGUUUUCAUGUCCCUCUACUCGGUGCUCUACAUGACGAGCCUUCUGCCGACCAAGUACUUCGCCAUCAUCACCAUGAACAAAAGCAGCUGGGGCACCUCCGGCCGAAAGAAGAUGGUGGGCAACUACAUCCCCCUGCUGCCACUGUCAAUUUGGGCGGCCAUUUUGUUGGGAGGACUCGCGUUCGCCAUCUACAACGAGACGCAGCAAAAACACGAACCAAUCGAUAAAGAUUACUUGAUCUAUGGGUCCGUAGCCUACAUCCUUUUCUGGAUCAUCAUGAUCCUCGCCUACUGGGUUUUCAUCCGGAAAUGCUGCAGGAGCCGCACGGACAACUACAACAUAGCCGUGUGAGUGGGCUACGGUGGCACUCCCAACAGGCGUGGAGUUCCGCGGAGGUGAAUUGACGUUCAUUGAGCCCAAACGAUCGUAUGUGAAUUGCGGCAGGGAUGCAAGUUACAAGAAACUCGUUUAGAAUGCUCAUUCUUAAAGGUGCACUCCUUUUGGAAGAGCAUUUCUUUUUUUGUCAAGUUCGUUUUGUGCAUUAUUUAAGUGAGAUUGAAUAACGCUGAUGGUAUCCGUUUCUUCAAGACGUUAUCUCUUCAAGACAUUAUUGAAGUGGAGACAUUGUUAAACCAAAGGCUUUCAAGAUGGAAAACGUGAAAAUAUAUUAGACUUUCUCAAAUGUACAACUCUGAACGGGUCCUUUAAGAUCCAUUGUUAUUUCGUUUGUACCACUUCCUUUUUUUUAUAUCCCCUACAGGGAAGCCCUAUUCACACCGUAUACUGGGAAAAUGUAUUAUCAUGAUAAAUUGUGGAUUAUUUUUAACUUUACUGUACAUUUGGAGCUGAACGGAAUGGAUGAAUUCUCCAAGGUUGUGUCUGCGGCAUGUAUGUUGCGGUGUUAUAAUGGUGUGUUCCCUACGAGAAAAUGCUAAAGUUUUGCCUCAACACAAUGUAGAGUGCAUUUUAUUUGAGAGGGUGCUGCAUGGGAGGAAUUUCUUGGUUUAAAAUUUUAAAACGCUUGAGUGGAUUGUGCAAUAAUGUCAUUUGCUACGAGUAUUGGGGAAUUGCAAAAUUGCCUGGUGCUAACUAUUUAACUUUACAGGUUGUUGCGGGUUAGUGUGGGUCGGUAAAAGGGACUCUGGCGACUGGUCCAUAUAGAACUCGCCACUGAGGUUAGCCGUGGACUGGGAAUCACAUUCGGGUGGCUGGGAUCGUAGUGCAGUCGAUGAGGAUAGCGUGAGGCAGCUUCAGCAGUAUCUGCUGUACUGAACUGUUUAAUGUGAUACGGUAUGAGGGAAUCCACAAACUAGCUUACGUAUACAUUUUUACUUAAAACUUUCGUGACUGCAGGAAUUUAUAUUCUGUGGUUCUUUAGGUAAAGUCGCGUAGAUAGAAAAAAUGAAAGUCAAUGAAAUACAAAUAAAACAUAUUAUUAUUUAUUUUAUUUACUUUAAUUGUGACUUUACCGGAAGAACCAAAGAAUAGUUUGCGCAUAUAUAUGUUAAAAAGUGCAGCUUACAGUUUUGGUUUUGCACAAAUACUAUCCAUGUGUGUUGAAUUAAACGUGCCCAAAAUGUUACUUUACAAAGCAAUAUAUUGAGAUCAAACGUAUUGGCUGAUGUAACUUACCUGCAUGAAAUUCACACUGUGCAAUAUUGAUGCUGUCAACAUGCGCUACGUUGCUGAUUCUUUGCCAUUCAUGAGCUGCCACUGUCAGCUCUGCUCUGAGAGCACUUGUUUUGAACAACGCAUCUCUUAUUCACUCCCGAUGUAUGUGUGUUGAAAUUAUUUUGCAUCGUCCGUACGCCAACCGUGCUAAUCGGAGGUGAUUAACUUGGCGUAAAUUAUUUCGAAAAUGUGGUAUUUGUACUGUGCUUAUUAAAUGCGCUAAAAAGGUUUUGGGUCCUAUUCGCAGAUUCGCACAAACUCAUUUCUGCCUAAUGGAGCGUGCCAUAUUGGUGAAUUGUUUGAGGUCAAAGGUCAUUUGCCACACGUGCAUCACCACCCAUUGUGUUUACAACGUCUAUCUUUCCUGGAUUUAUGCAAAGCGAAAUGUUGUAUUUGUUAAAUUAUUACGGUUUCAAUUGUUCGUACAUUUUAAUUGAUGUAAAAAUUAUUGUCAUUAUUAUACGGUAUUGUGUUAUGUUUAUCAUCGCGUAUACAUAUGCAAUAAAUCAAACGAAAACAAAGCUC